GUACAACUAAAAUUGAAGGCCAAGCUUUCUCCUUGAUGCUUUGUCUAACCAAAAUGCAAAUGCAUAAUAUUGCUAUAACUCUCUGUUUCCUUGGCUUUGCUUUGCUCACCUUAUUUGUUCUUAAUACUACAGGAACUUCAAGUAGCGCUCAAAGCAAUGCAUCCUGCACUACUAAUGAUUGUCAAUCCAGUGGAUCCUGCACUGGAUCUGAACACUGUCAAACCAACGCAUCCUGCAGUAGUGAAGGCAACAAAAGAUCUUGUAAUGCAACAAGUGAAGCUAACAGCUCAGGAACGCCCCAUCCAUCUCCUUCUCUAUCUCCUCCUACAAAUCAUGCAGGCCCACCAAUCAUUUGGCAUGCUCCGCAUGGACCACUUAAUCCCUUUCCUCCAAAGGGAAAAAAGAAGCAGAUAGGAUUCCUAGUCGGGAUAAUUGUUGCAGUAUUUGCUUGGAUGCUUGGCUUAGGUUUCAUUCUAUUCUUUUUUUCUUGGAGGAAGCAGAAAAAAAAUGAACAAGAUGUUCUUCCCAUUGAUGUGUCCUUUGGUGAUGAACUUGGGUUGGGACCUAAGGAGUUCUCUUACGAUGAAUUGUCAAAGGCAACAAUGAAUUUCGCAGAUGAGGAGAAGCUUGGCCAGGGAGGGUUUGGAGCAGUUUAUAAAGGUUUCUUGAGGGAUUCAAAUACAAAUGUUGCUGUUAAAAGGGUUUCAAGGAGGUCCAAACAAGGCAUUAAGGAGUAUGCAUCAGAAGUGAAAAUUAUUAGUCGAUUGAGGCAUAAGAAUUUGGUGAAGCUUAUUGGAUGGUGCCAUGAAAAGGAACUCUUACUUGCUUACGAGUUCAUGCCUGGUGGCAGUCUCGAUUCCUAUCUCUUCAAAGGAAGAAGCUUGUUAUCGUGGGAGACUAGAUACAAAAUCGUGCAAGGCAUAGCAUCAGCAUUGUUGUAUCUACAUGAAGAAGGAGAUUUCUGUGUACUGCAUAGGGAUAUAAAAGCAAGCAACAUUAUGUUAGAUUCAGCUUUCAAUGCUAAGCUUGCGGAUUUUGGGUUAGCCAGGCUGGUUGAUCAUGAAAAAGAGUCACAAACAACUAUAUUGGCUGGAACUAUGGGCUACAUAGCUCCUGAGUGUUAUAAAACAGACAAGGCAAGCAAGGAGUCAGAUGUCUAUAGUUUUGGAGUUGUGGCACUUGAAAUUGCUUGUGGUAGAAAGUCAGUAGAACCUACAUAUGAGGAGCAACAAGAAUCACUGGUGGCUUGGGUUUGGGAAGCAUAUGGGAAUCAAACGCUUCUUGAUGUAGCUGACAAGAAACUCUCAACAGAUUUUAAUGUGAAAGAGAUGAAGUGUUUGUUACUUGUUGGGUUAUGGUGUGCACAUCCUUCCCGUGGUAUGAGACCGUCAAUUAGGCAAGCAAUCCAGGUGCUUAAUUUUGAAGUAGCGCUUCCAAAUCUUUCAAGUAAGAUGCAUGAUGCUAAUUAUAAUACUAUCCCUGCCCCUCCGACCAUUAGAAUAAGUGAACCCGGUUCAGUGAGCAUUACUAUCCCUCGCUAAUUUUUGUGCCAAAAUUGCUACAAGUAUUUUAGACUAUUUCUGAUUUUCAUUGUUAUGAAACUUAUUUCCUCAUUGUUUACCACAAAAUCUUAUAUUGAUCAAUUGUUUGUUUUGUUUUCUAGUUGUGUAAGUAUGGUUUCUUAAUAGAUAAUUCUUCACUGU